AUGGCAGCAAUGUUCACCAUUGAGUUGCAAAACUGUUUCAUCUUUAUCCUCUUAUGCCUCUUCUCAGUCACCAUUUACUAUCUCUUCUUGGUCAGGAAAACAAAAGCCGGCCGCUGUGAUCGGCCUCCGAGCCCUCCCUCUCUGCCUAUUAUAGGCCACCUUCACCUUCUCCUCUCUCUUCUACUCCACAAAUCUUUACAGAAACUCUCCUUCAAGUAUGGACCUCUCCUUCAUCUCCGCGUCUUCAGUGUCCCCAUAGUACUCGUCUCCUCUGCCUCCAUAGCCUAUGAGAUCUUUAAGACGCAGGACCAAAACGUUUCCAAUCGCAACCUCCCUGCGAACAAGGGCUCUCUCUUCCUCGGAUCUUCUGGCUUCGUUAACACACCUUACGGAGAUUACUGGAAGUUCGCCAAGAAGCUUGUGGUCACCAAGAUCCUCGGACCUCAGGCGCUCCAUAGGUCACGAGGCGUCCGUGCAGAUGAGAUAAAGCGGUUUUACGCAAACUUGCUUAAUAAGGCGAUGAAGAAAGAGAGCGUUGAUGUUCGUGAGGAAGCUAUGAAGCUGGUUAACAACAUCAUCUGCAAGAUGCUCAUGGGGAGGAGUUGCUCAGAGGAGAACGGUGAAGCAGAAAAAGUCAGACGCUUAGUGAACGAGUCAAACUCCUUGUUGAUGAAAUUUAUCUUGGCGGGGAUCUUGCACAAGCCGCUUAAGAAACUCGGCAUUUCGCUGUUCAAGAAAGAGCUAACGGAUAUCUCCAAUAGGUUCGACGAACUGCUGGAGACGAUUCUUGUGGAGCACGAAGAGAAACUGAGCGAGGAGCACCAGCAAGAUGCUAACCUGGUGGAUGUGAUGUUAGAAACUUAUAGAGACAAGAACGCAAAGUAUAACAUCACUAGGAACCAUAUCAAGUCCUUAGUCUUGGUUUUGCUACUACAAGAUCUUUUUGUCGGAGGCACUGACCCCCCAACGCACGCCAUAGAGUGGACAAUGGCUGAGAUCAUUAACAGUCCUAACGUUCUUGAUAAACUGAGAGAAGAAAUUGAUUCCGUGGUAGGGAAGACAAGAUUGAUUCAAGAAACGGAUUUACCAAACCUUCUUUACUUGCAAGCAGUCGUCAAAGAAGGGCUAAGGUUGCAUCCAGAGGCGCCUGUCACGUUAAGGGCGUUCCAAGAAUGGUGUGAGAUCAAAGGGUUCUACAUACAGGAGAAGACAACACUUGUUGUUAAUAUGUAUGUUAUAAUGAGAGAUCCUGAGUUGUGGGAAGAUCCAGAGGAAUUCAAGCCAAAGAGGUUUCUAAAAUCUUCAAAAUCAGGACAAGAGGAGGAGAUAGUAAGAGAAGAACACCUCAAAUACAUUCCUUUUGGCAGCGGGAGGAGAGGCUGUCCUGGAUCAAAUCUAGGUUAUGUCUCACUAGGAAGAGCGAUUGGAGUGAUGGUGCAGUGCUUUGACUGGAGAAUCCAAGGAGUCAAAGUUAACAUGAAUGAGAGUACUAGAUCAUUUAUUUUGAGCAUGGCACAUCCUCUCAAGUGCACCCUUGUUCCUCGAAUUGGGACACCUUUGAUUCUAUAA